GUACCUUCUCUCCCGGUGUGAAUUGUCUCAGCCUGGCACCUCUGUUGUACAGCCGCUGCUGACGCUCCUGGGCCUGGAGCAAAUUCUCACGUGACAACUGACCCAGUGUGUGGAGCUUUGCUCGCAGGUCCAGGACGUGUUGGAUCUCGUUUUUACUGGUGCUCGGCCCCUCCUCCCAGUUUUCUGUAAUGAGGUCGAGCACCCCCCGUGGAGUCCUGCCGAACAAAAGUUCAAAGGGAGAAAAUCCCGUGGAGGCCUGGGGAACCUCCCGUACUGCAAACAACAGAGCGUCAAGCCAUUUAUCCCAAUUUAUCCCAGCCUCAGAUACACAAACACAUAUCAUCAGCUGGACUGAUUACCAAUCAGAUUAGCAAUCAGUCCAGCUGAUGACAAUCAGACACCGUUCCCUGAACCACACCCCCGCUCCACCCACUCAGCAGCCGAGCCUAAACACCCCCGCUGCCACAGUAGUGUAUGUUCAUUUUGGGGGCUUGCAGAUGCAUUGAAUUUGAUUUAAUAUAAUAACAUUUGGGUUUCCGCAUAUCGACUGUGUGUUUUUCUUUUACGACCAUUUGAGCAGAGUUAACACCAGAAUUCGCAGAUCCGCCCAUUCCCUUUUUUUUUUAGCAUAUUGUACCUUUUCCCCUUGAUUGUGUUGCUAAGGGCGAAUUGUUACAACAUAACCAAAAGAAUGACAACAAUUAGUUUAGAUGAAAUACCGAUCGCGUUUUCAGCCUAUAUACGUUGUUUUCUAAAUGUUUGAAUGUGGAGUACGUGUGAUCGAAUACAAUAUUGUUGACAACACCAAAAAGCGACAUAAAAAAGCUCCCCUUAUACUGGAGCUGCGAGCGUGGAGUGGCACUAUAUGACAUUGCGUAAUCACAGCCAGAAAGCAGGUCGAAGUACAUCCGCCCCGGAGCGGGCGGCUCCAGAAUCCUACAUAGCGGAGUUAUUUCCCCACAGACCUCCGAUGACAAUAGCGGAGGCGCAAAUCGCCAUAUUAAAAGUCAUUGUAGCGGCACAAUUUUUUUCAAGCUGUUAUUUUAAGGUACAAAAGUUACAUAGUGUUGCUUUAAGUAAUCAUUCAAGGGGAUUUAUUCUUGAGUGGGCGGGUUCUUGGGCCGUCUGUUACCUCGCUUCGUAUAGUUUGGUCCUCACCGCGACCCUUAGUGCACGUGACGAUCAGCUGACUCCAACCGGAAGCUUUGAGGACGCAGGCUACGAACAUACACAUUUUCAUACACAAAGCUGGACUUUUUGUAGUUAUUUACGAUUGAUAAUAAUGGAGUCGACCCUGGAACAGCAUCUCGAUGACACCAUGAAAAAUCCAGCAGUUGUCGGAGUGCUGUGCACGGAUCAACAAGGACACAAUCUGGGCUGUCGUGGCUCCCUGUCUGAUGAACAUGGCGGUGUUAUCUCCGUUUUGGCCAAACAAGCAGCAGCUCUCGUCAAAGACCCAACGGAUAGUCCCACAGUGUGUUUGGAGUGUGAGUCGGGAACCAUUCUGGUGAGGAGUCAUGGGACCAUCACAGUAGCAGUUCACAAGAUAUCUUCCUGAAGACGACUUGUAUAUGUAAAGAAAAGUACAUGAAGGCACACGCGUGUAUUCAGACCAUCUGGUUCAACUGUAUCAAAGAUCUUCAGUUUGCAAGAGUGAUCUGGAAUGUCCACAUGUGUGUUUUGUUUUCUGCAUGUCCCAUACAAGAACAUGCUUGCCGUGAGAUUCCCUUCUUAUUAAUAUGUAUAGCUGUCUGUAACGCAUAACAAGGCCCGUCAACAUCUUUUUACAACUAUGUUCAUACUUUGUGUGUGUUUUUGUUAUCAACCAUAUUGUUCAAGCCACGAUGAAAACAAACGCCGCUUAAUAAACUUCAACUUGAUUGUU